UCCCCAGGAUCCCUUUGGAUCUGUCCCCAAAGCCCGGGAUCCCUUUGGAUCUGUCCCUAAGUGUCCGGGAUCCCUUUGGAUCUGUCCCCAAACCCCAGGAUCCCUUUGGAAUCGUCCCCAGGAUCCCUUUGGCUCCGUCCCCUCUGCCCCGGACGAUGAUGCUGAACUCGGAGCCGCCGGCCUCUCUCGCCGUGCCCUCGGCUCCCCCCGAGCCCGCUGCCGCUGCCGCUGCCGCUGCCGCUGCCGGUGUCGGUGUCGGUGCCGGUGCCGGGAAGGAGCCUCUGAGCCGCGAGGAGCGGCGGCGGCGGCGCCGGGCCACGGCCAAGUACCGCACGGCGCACGCCACGCGCGAGCGGAUCCGCGUGGAGGCCUUCAACGUGGCCUUCGCCGAGCUGCGGCGCCUGCUGCCCACGCUGCCCCCCGACAAGAAACUGUCCAAGAUCGAGAUCCUGCGCCUGGCCAUCUGCUACAUCUCCUACCUGAACCACGUCCUGGACGUGUGACGCGUCCGUCUGUCCGUCCCUGUGUCCAUCUGUCCGUCCCUGUGUCCAUCUGUCCAUCUGCUACAUCUCCUACCU